AUGAGUGUGGGGGGCGAUGUGGAUCGCGAAUAUAGUAGCAUUUCCGCUGGCAUGCAGCAGAUAUCACUACGUCAAAUAAACCUGAACCAUGCGCAUCAUGCCAGGAACUUGCAGCCGCAAGCAAGAAAACCUAAAAUUAAUGGGAAAGAACCUCAUUCUUCUGGCAUUUUCGCGGACGCGCAUUCCCAUCUGGCUCUGCUGAAAAACGAAAAUUAUCAUCUGAAGAUGGAAUUGACACAGCAACAACAAGAGGUUGACCAACUCCUGAAGCGGCUGAACAAUGCAGAUCAAGACCCAGCUGAAGAUCGGUUUUAUCGGGGAUUUAUCGCAGACUCUGAAACCCCGGUUUUAAAGUACCCCGUUGAGGUCAACAACGAAAAUGCUUCGCCUUCAAGAUCAGAACGAUGUUCGGUCUCCGAUUACGACCUAAUGACGCACUUCUCAGGCUCGCCUUACAGAGGGGAGCCUGUGAAUUCCGAACAGGACAUCACCUCGCGUCCCGAUUCGUCCAUGACGCACAUCCGUCGUAAUGGGAAGUUCUUCAAGAAUUCCGUGAUACCAUUUCUGCACAAAACCCUUGAUACUUUCCAACAUAGCGAGGUUUUCCGCGAAGAUGCAAAGUGUUUGCAGGGCAAACUUGAGGCUUUCAAAAAUCAUACGUCGACAGAUAAAGAAUUGAGAGUGCAGUUGAUGGUUCAUCUUCUAGACGGCAUAAACCACUUGCAACAACAAUGUGUGGCGUUGCUGAAUCGCGAGCUCGAAAACAAACGAGUUUCUCGUAAGCUCGAUUACUUAUUUGCAGCUUUGUCAGAUCCAGAACAUCGUGAGCUUGUCGGCGAGGAAAGUGGUGAUAGGUUAAAAGCGGAAUUGCUGGAUGUGAUGCUAGAUAUCCUAGCUCCUGAUAAUGAGAAAACCCACCCACGGAAUGAGAAGUCGUGCGUGGAUCAAUCUAGCAAGAAAGAGUACCCACGUAAAAAGGAGCCUGUGACAAACUCGUCAGCGGCCAAAAAGGUUAUCAAAGGCCAAGUUGACAUUGUGCCAUCUAUGCCACCGGUACCAAAGCUUUCAAAAAUGAGGAGCUACGGCGGAUCAUACAUUUGCGAGUCAUCGAAAAAAAGGGACCCACACCAGAAGUUGUCGUCGCCGUCUUCCUCUUCGUCCUGUAAUUUAUUGCAGCGGUCGCAUAGGAAACCUAAAUUACAGGAAAGACCUCACGAUAUGCAUAGAGGGCACACAAUCGAAAAUGAAGUCCGCACUAAAUCUAGCAAUUGGGAAUUCCUGCCAAUUGGGUACGAUGAAAGCAUGCUAUCGAAGGAAACCCCCAGCCGUCGUUCGGCAUUCAACGUCAAGCGCGACGAAAUUUUACAGAGAACACCGCUUGCAAUGACGUUCAAAGACGACGGUGAGGCAGAAGGAGAUAUGGACCCGUUGCAAGCAUAUUUCACUGAAUUCUCGGGCGACACAUUGGACCAGGAUGAAUCAACAGCGGAUUGUCAUCCACUGAAAACAUAG